CAGGUGCAUUCAGAGUCGUACCUGAAUAGUCUAAAAAGCAGCUUAAAUGUCUCUGUGAUUGUUGAGGUCCCUCCUGUUGCUCUAUUGCCAAACUGUCUCGUGGAGAAGUAUGUUCUUUCUCCAUUCCGUAAACAGGUGGGAGGAACCAUUUUGGCUGCAAAGCUUGCAAAAGAACGAGGAUGGGCCAUCAAUGUAGGAGGCGGCUUUCAUCAUUGUUCAGCAAACGAAGGAGGUGGAUUUUGUGCUUACGCAGACAUCUCUCUGUGCAUUCAAUUUGCUUUUAUCCGAUUAAAUAUUUCAAGGGUCAUGAUAAUUGAUCUUGAUGCACACCAAGGGAAUGGCCAUGAAAAGGAUUUUUCUUCAGACAGUAUGACCUCUUGGCUUAGCCUUCAACCAUUUUGCUUUACAUUACUUUGACUAUGACUGUUGCCU